GCCUGAUAAGAAAUAAAAAUCCAACUAUAUUGAAGACGGAGCAGCCAAUACUGCCAUCGUUGCUCUGUUUUCUUGAUCUCAAACUCACUCAAAAGACCAAUUCCCACCUUUCUUCUCUCUCUACCACUCCAAAAUAAGGUUUAUGGUUAAUUGAAGAUUUAUAAUAAGAAAGGUAAAACAAAAUGAGACAGAGGCCUAAAGCUGCUGCUAAGUCAAAUACUGUUAGUGGAGGUAAUACAAGUAGUGAGAGGGGUUUCCGAGUGAAAUCUGGUGUGCAUUUGGUGGCUAAGAGGUCAGGAAUUUCGAUAUUAGUGUUCUUUGUGUUGGUUGUAUAUUCAACUUGGGCGGUGUAUCGUUAUCAGUAUGAGAGUCUACCUCAGCCCCUCAGUGCUGAGCAUGCCGGUAAAAGAGGCUUCUCUGAGCUUGAGGCCAUGAAGCAUGUUAAGGCAUUGACUGAACUUGGCCCGCACCCCGUUGGGUCUAAUUCUCUAGACAGUGCGCUGCAGUAUGUCUUGCAAGCAUCAGAAGCUAUUAAGAAGGAGGCUCACUGGGAAGUUGAUGUGGAAAUUGACCUUUUUCAUUCGAAUUCUGGUGCUAAUCAUCUUGUCGGUGGGCUUUUUAAGGGGAAAACCCUUGUUUAUUCAGAUCUGAAUCAUAUUGUUUUGCGAAUAUCACCAAAAUAUGGAAAUAAAGCAGAGGGCAAUGCGAUUCUUGUUUCUUCCCACAUUGAUACAGUUUUCUCAACGGAAGGAGCUGGAGACUGUAGUUCAUGUGUAGCUGUUAUGUUGGAGCUUGCUCGGGGAAUCUGUCACUGGGCCCAUGGUUUCAAGAAUUCUGUCAUAUUUUUGUUUAAUACUGGGGAGGAGGAAGGCUUGAAUGGUGCUCAUAGCUUUGUAACUCAGCACCCUUGGAGUGAUAUUGUCCGAGUGGCUAUUGACUUGGAAGCCAUGGGUAUUGGUGGGAAAUCAGGAAUUUUUCAGGCCGGUCCUGAUCCAUGGGCAAUUGAGAACUACGCACAAGUGGCAAAAUACCCAUCUGCCCAAAUUGUUGCACAGGAUUUAUUUACUUCUGGGGUAAUAAAAUCUGCAACUGAUUUUCAAGUAUACAGAGAACUAGGUGGUCUUUCAGGCCUUGACUUUGCAUAUACAGAAAAUACAGCUAUAUACCAUACAAAGAAUGACAAGUUAUCACUUUUGAAGCCCGGUUCUCUCCAACAUCUUGGCGAAAAUAUGCUGGCAUUUCUGCUUAGGGCUGCAGCAUCGACUAAUCUUCCUGGAGGCAAUGCGACUGAAUCCGAAGGAAAAUCUUCCCAGGAUACAGCUAUAUACUUUGACUUUUUGGGAACAUACAUGAUUGUAUUCCGUCAACAAUUUGCUGAUAUGCUCUAUAAUUCAGUGAUCCUGCAAUCACUUUUAAUAUGGAUUGUAUCACUAUUUGUGGGAGGGUAUUCAGCUGUAGUCUCAGUGGCGUUUUCGUGUUUGAGUAUUGUGCUCAUGUGGAUAUGCUCUAUAGGUUUCUCCCUCCUCGUUGCUUUUGUCCUUCCACUCGUAUCACCGUCACCAGUUCCCUUUGUUUCAUGUCCGUGGCUGGUAGUUGGCUUGUUCGCUGCACCUGCUCUUCUCGGGGCUUUCGGUGGUCAGCAUGUGGGCUAUCUCGUUCUCGAGAAAUACUUAUCGCGCACAUUUUCACAAACGAAGGCAACUUUGCCUCCUGCUGUCCGACAUGCUGUGGCCAAGUUAGAUGCUGAAAGAUGGAUCUUUAAAGCCGGUCUCUUGCAGUGGCUUAUUCUCUUGUCGGUGGGACAUUUUUUCAAGAUUGGAUCUUCUUAUUUGGCCCUUGUUUGGCUCGUCCCCCCCGCAUUUGCUUAUGGUCUACUUGAUGCAACCUUAUCACCAGCUCGGCUACCAAAACCGCUCAAAACUCUAACGCUGCUGAUUGGAUUGUCUGUGCCGUUUUUAACUUCUUCUGGCUUGAUUAUUCGGCUGGUUAGUACAGUAAUUGGAACUUCAGUUCGGUUUGUAAGGAAUCCUGGUGGCACGCCCGAGUGGCUGGGAAAUGUAAUUCUUGCGUUAUUUAUUGCAGCUAUAGUGUGUUUGACGUUGGUUUAUCUACUGUCAUAUAUUCACAUUUCAGGUGCAAAGGUUCCGCUUGUAAUUACAACCUGUAUUUUGUUUGGCGUCUCGCUUGGCAUGGUGCUACUAGGCGUUAUUCCACCAUUUACUGAAGACACGGCGAGAGCUGUAAAUGUUGUGCAUGUCGUGGAUGCAACGGGACAGCAAGAUCCCGUGUCAUACAUCUCUCUGUUUUCGACAACUCCUGGAAACUUGAUUAAAGAAGCUGAACAGAUUGGGGAAGGAUUUAUUUGCGGUAGGGAUAAGCCAUUUGAUUUUGUGACUUUCUCCGUCAAGUACAGCUGUUGGACGAACAAGAGCGCUGAAAUUGGCUGGAAGGAAUCAGAUAUUCCCGCUCUUCAUGUCGAGAGCGAUAUAAAGGGGGAUAGCAGAGUUACUCACGUCUUGGUUGAUACGAAAGUUUCCACUCGUUGGAGCCUGGGAAUUAAUACCGAUGAAGUAGAAGACUUCCAGCUGAAAGAUGAUUCCGAGGAGUUGAUUUCGCUUGGCGAUAAGAGCGGUACAGACGGUUGGCACACCAUUCAAUUCUCCGGAGGGAAGAAAGCGCCAACCAAGUUCAGCUUGACGCUUUUCUGGCACAAAAACGACUCCCGUGCAAGAAUCAACAAAGGAUCUGAAGUGGAACCCGUCUUACUGAAACUGAGAACCGACGUAGACAGACAAACUCCAAAAACCGCAGAAAUCCUCAAGAAGCUCCCGCCUUGGUGUUCUCUGUUCGGAAAGUCCACAUCGCCCUACACCUUAGCUUUCUUCAAGAGUUUGCCCGUCGCAUUGUAGCAGACCAUGCGUUAAGAGUGGCCGAUUUUCAGUUCCUCUGGUUUGCGCUUUUCUCAUCUCAAACAAGAAAGUGAUGUUUCAAGUGAGAGAGAGAGAGAGAGGGCAAAUCUUCUCUGGGAAAACAGGUUUUCUUGUGGUACAGAGAAACUGUGAUUCAUUGUUUAUGGUUGAUAGCUCACAUGUAGAACAUGCUUUAGAUAAAGUUACGUUUGGACAACAGAGUUUUGGGCUGCAUUGGUUA